AUGCCUCCUACCGCAUUGGAAAAUAAUGUCACCGACGGAACUGGAAUUAUUAAAGUUGACCCUUGGUUGGAACCUUUUGCUCCCGUCCUGAAACGAAGGCAUGCUUCUUUUAAGAAAUGGGCUCAAAAUAUUAACCAAAAUGAAGGGGGCUUCGAACAGUUUACACGUGGUUAUGAACAUUUCGGUCUUAAUGUACAAUCCAAUGGUGAUAUAGUUUAUCGCGAGUGGGCUCCUAAUGCUACGAAAGCGAGCUUGAUUGGCGAUUUUAAUAACUGGGACACCUCUUCACAUCCAAUGAAUAAAAAUUCUUUUGGCGUUUGGGAAAUUCGCGUUCCUUCUAACAAUGGUAUUCCCGCUAUCCCUCAUGGAUCAAAAAUAAAAAUAUCCAUGAUUACCCCUGAAGGUGAAAGAAUUGAUCGUCUUCCUCCUUGGAUCAAGCGAGUAACUCAAGAUUUAUCUGUUAGUCCUGCGUAUGAUGCCAUUUUUUGGAAUCCACCACAAAAGUAUUUUUGGAGAAAUAAAUCUCCUCAAAAACCAAAAAGUUUGAAAGUUUAUGAAGCUCAUGUUGGUAUAUCUACACCUGAAGGACGCGUCGGUACUUAUAACGAGUUUACGGACAAUGUAUUGAACCGUAUUAAAAAUCUUGGUUACAAUGCUAUUCAAUUGAUGGCAAUUAUGGAACAUGCUUAUUAUGCCUCUUUUGGAUAUCAAGUAACUAGUUUUUUCGCCAUUUCUAGUCGUUAUGGAACUCCCGAAGAAUUAAUGCGGCUUAUCGAUACUGCUCAUGGCAUGGGUUUAUACGUAUUGCUAGAUGUUGUACAUUCACAUGCAUGUAAGAAUGUGUUGGAUGGAUUAAAUAUGUUUGAUGGUUCCGAUCAUUGCUACUUCCAUGAAGGAGGAAAAGGGCGACAUGAUCUCUGGGACAGCCGUCUGUUUAAUUAUGGCCAUUGGGAAGUACUUCGUUUCUUACUAUCAAAUCUUCGGUUCUUUAUGGAAGAAUACAAGUUUGAUGGAUUUAGAUUCGAUGGUGUCACCAGCAUGUUGUACACUCACCAUGGUAUCGGUACGGGUUUUUCGGGUGGUUAUCACGAAUAUUUUGGUGAUUCUGUAGAUGAAGAAAGUUUAGUAUAUUUGAUGUUGGCAAAUGAAAUGCUUCACUCUUUAUAUCCAAACAUAAUUACCAUCGCCGAAGAUGUAUCAGGAAUGCCUGGUCUAUGUCGCCCCGUUUCAGAAGGUGGUGUUGGGUUUGAUUACCGCCUUGCUAUGGCUAUUCCAGACAUGUGGAUCAAGCUAUUAAAGGAAACUCGUGAUGAUGAUUGGAACAUUGGAAAUAUAUGUUGGACUCUGAUUAAUCGUAGACAUAUGGAAAAAACCAUUGCGUAUGCAGAGUCACAUGAUCAAGCUCUUGUUGGAGACAAGACUCUUGCUUUCUGGCUCAUGGAUAAGGAAAUGUACACCCACAUGUCAAAUUUGACUCCGCUUACACCAAUUAUUGAUCGUGGUUUGGCUCUCCAUAAAAUGAUUCGUUUGUUGACGCAUGGUAUUGGCGGCGAAGGCUAUCUCAAUUUUGAAGGUAAUGAAUUUGGGCACCCCGAAUGGCUAGAUUUCCCGCGGGCUGGGAAUAACAACUCAUAUCAUUACGCGAGGCGACAAUGGAAUGUUGUUGAUGACGAAUUACUAAGAUAUAAGUAUUUAAACGAGUUUGACAAAACAUUACAACACACUGAAGAUAGGUUUGGUUGGUUAGACUCUCCGCAGGGAAAAUUCUUAAAUAACAAGGCAUAUAUUUCUCUAAAACACGAAGAUGAUAAGAUAAUUGUAUUUGAACGAGGAAAUUUGCUUUGGAUUUUUAAUUUUCAUCCAACUAAGUCAUUCACUGAUUACAGAAUUGGUACAGAAUGGGCAGGUCACUAUAAAAUAGUGAUCAAUACCGAUAGUAAAAGCUCGUGA